GCAGCACCCAUGGCUCCCUUGGUGGGACUUGUUGGCGAAGAAGACCACCUGACCCCUGGGGGACCAGGAGCCGUUCUCUGAGACAGUGCAGGUGCAAAGGAGUGAGACCCACACCAGCAGGGUAUUCUGCAUAAUCUGAAGGCCCUGCAGACAUCUCGAGAUCUCCAGAAAGUCAGUGUUGCAAAUCCACUUAAUGUCACGACGUCCUGACGCGGGAGCUUUGUAUGGGAUGGAGCCCACAGCUACGGGACGGACCGAGAAAAGCUUCAGCUACGUUGUCAGAGCGCCCAGCAGUGAUGGGUUUGACGUAAUGAACGUUGAUGUGAAGAUCGACACUCGCUGGGUAUUUCAGGACGCAGAGGACAGCGGUGAGGAGCGGGGCCGUCCUGCGGACAGAGCAGCCGGAAGCCCAGACGUGGAUACGGGCGCGCUCAGGAAGCAGCUGGAAUCCUCCGAGCGAAAGCUCUUGGCAACUGUGGACAAGUACGUGAUGUCCGAGGCUGGGCUGAGGAGCAGAAUCCAGGAGCUGGAGCUCUCCGAAAGACACCUCCUCCGGACGGUGGAGCAGCUGAGCGCCCACAUGGCACAGGAAAGGAGCGCCGCUGUCCAAGCCCAGGAGAAGCUGCAAGCCUUGCUGGGGGAGCUGGCCAGCCAGGACACUCUGAGCCGUAUUCAGGAUGAACCACUGUCCCCACCCAGAGAGGACGCACAGGAUGCCUGCAGAAGACGAGGCCCACAAGCCCCCCUCUGCUCUGCCCAUGCGCCUGGACCGGGGGGCUCUGCAGACCAGCCCUCUGAGGGCCGCUGCUCCUGGGGAUGCAUCGGGGUUGGACAAGGCCCCUCUGUUUUGGUGCCAGGCCUGGAGACCACGGAUGAGUCACUGGAAGACGUCACAGGAUCUGACUGUGGACUGCCGACUCCUGCUGAGCCUAGCUUGGAUGAACAGGCUCUCCUUCUCCCCUGUGGCUGCCCCCCGGGGCAGUACAGGGACGGCUCACCCCUCCCCGUGGAGCUGGCCUGGAUUUUGGGGCGGAGGCUAACAGCUGCCCAGGCCCAGGGGUCCUUUCUCCUGGUGCAGACGUCGACACUCCCUCCCCGGGGGCCGGCCAGAGACCCCUCUUCCCUGCUGCCGCUGCUCCAGGAGUCUUCUCCACAAGAAUCCCAAAUGCAACAGAUGCUGGAUGCCAGAGCCAUAGGACAGCCCCGUCGGGAUCAUCACUGGGCAAGGAGCCCCAAAGCCCCCCUCUGCCAGGAGUCCCCACAGACUUCAAGUCACCGAUUUCCCAGGAGAGGGCCCAGAGAUCUGAAAGACCCUUGGAAAGACGGAGGAGGACCAGAGUGGAGAACGGAAGAGCAGGGGGUGAGGCGGGCUUGGGACAGGAAGGAGGAAGACGUCCACCGAGACGGGAGCAAGCUCAGUCAGGAAAGCCGAGUGAACCUGAACUUGCGGGGUGGCGUGUGCAUCCAGAACGGGGCUUUAGAAACCCAGGCCUCUGCCUCCUGCCCUUGGCCCAGGCCAAAUCUCCCACUGCCUCUUCUACAGGGGGAGGUCUCAGUGCCAACGGCGGGGCCCAAACCCCUGAGGGGGAGGGUAGGAGGGCUUUCAUCAUCAUCAGAGGAGGAAGAGCACCCCACAGCCAGGGCCCGGGGUGCCCAGAGGCUGUCUCCAGCCGGCGCUCAGCUCCUUGCAGGGCAGGACACGGAGGAAACUCUUGUGUGGGCUGGAAAGGCUCUGCAUCUGAAAGAGGAAAGCCCUGGGGAUGAAGGGCAAGAAGAGAAGGAAGAGGAGGCAUCGCCUCUAGAAGGGUCCAGCCUGGGCCAUGGGGAUGUCCUGGAGGAUGCUGGCCCCGCAGAACAUGCGGGCCAGGAUAUGUUCUUCUCUGCGGCAGAGGGAGGUCUGACACCGGCUCCCAGAUUGGCCUUUUCACCCAAGGGGACUGAACCCACCAGUAACCCGUGGGCUCUAAGCAAAGGACCUGGCAGUUCUGAGCUCAGACUAGACGAAUUUGAAAAGGAGAUGGAAGCUUGUUUCCAGCAACUCUCCAUCCUGGAGCUUGAGGGUGGGGGGCGGUGGCCGCAAGCCUCCACGCUGGCGGGAGAGAGCAGGAACUUGCCUGGGAAAUGGCCCCACUACCAGGGGAAGGCUUACUCCCGGCAGGCUUUGGGAAACGAGGGCUUGGAUAUUUGUUUGGCCAGCGAAGUCAAACCCAGGGAGGUUAGUGAAGAGAUUAGACCAGGAGAGACAGAGGCCUUGGGAGCCAGCGUGGUUCUUCCUGGGACGGUGCCUGAUUUGGAUGAUGUGAGUCCGCGUCCAGAGGGGCCCGCAGAGUUGGGUCGGAACCAGCCACCAAGAGCCCUUGAAAGGCAGAAGAGAAGGUUCCAGCAGCUCAUUUCUGGACUGAAAAAAGAGAGAAGCCAGGUUUUACAUGACAAUGCCGAGCUUUGGGGCGACCGAGAGAGAUGCCGUAGAAAAUUGCGCAUCCUUGAAAAAGAGAGGGACAGAAAUGGGACAAAGAUCGCCAUGCUGGAACAGGAAAACAGCACAUUGUUAGGGGACAUCUCUCACUUAAAGGGGGAGCUGGACCAAUGCUGGCAGGUCAUUUCCGAACUUGAAGACUGCAACGGGAAAAGUUACAGUAAAAUUUCUGAGCUCGAACAGGAGAACGAGAAGCUGAAAAGGCACGUGGCCCAGCUUCACAAAGCCACAUGGGAGAGCCUCAGAAAAUCCAAAGGUGUGGUGGAACGCGUCACCCUGGGAAACCAGGAGCUCAAGGCACUGAUCUCGGAGCUCGGGGUCAGUUACAAGGAGCUGAUGAAGGGUGUAAUGCUGGGGAUAGAAGACACAGUCCGGGCCUUCAGGGGGGAGAAUGCCCACCUUCUGCACAGGAUCCGCGUCUUGGAGACGGAAGUCGCCGUGGGGGCGAGCACCGCCGUGGGCUGCGUAGUGAGAGCAGAGGAGGGUCUGCAGGGGGAAAGCAAGAUGCAGGGGGACAAAGGGAACGUUGUGGAAAGGGAGGUGCAGGUGACUCGGCUCUCAGGGCAACUGACCCCAAGAACCCACGGACUGCCCUUGGAGGAGAAAUCGGGUCCGGCUGACAGGUGGAUGGGGCCUUCCUUAGGCAUGGAGAAUUCCAGAUACGAUGUCAAUUCUGGCACUCUGUCCUUGGUCUGGGGGGAUGCCGAAGUGUCCAGUGCCCCACAAGGACACAUCAAUGGAGCAGGAAUAAAAGAAGCACAUUUGGAAGAGGAGGAGGAAAGACCAGUGUGUUCUGCGGACCCAGGGCAAGCUCCGACCACCCUGAGCAAUGGCCCCCAGCUGCGGGACCCAGAGGUGGACCCCCCCACGGAGGACCUGAGGCUGCGCGUGGGGCGGCUCCAGCACCAGGUGCUGACCCUGCAGUGCCAACUCAGAGACCAGGCGUCUGCCCACCUCCAGCUGCAGGUGACGCUCCGGGAAGCCGCCCGCCUCCGGGACCAGCUCCAGGGUGAGACCAGCCACCAUCUGGAUGUCGAGUCUGAGAAGGCAGCUGUUGUAAGAGCUCAGAAAUACCUCCUGAAUCCCAAAAUGGACAGUAUCAUCAUCCAAAGACCUUUGCAUUCAGAGUCCUGGCCUGUUCCCGAGGCUGAAUGGCCAGCACAGACGGCUCGACUGCAUUCUCUGAAGCUUCCCCUGCCCUCGGGGUGGACGUCUGCUCCUGGAGUGUGCCCAGCUGAAGCCGCCUCAGAACCAGCACUCCCCACACAGCACCUGCAAGAAGGUGGACUGUCCUGUCCCAUCCCCCGAGCUGAUGGCCUCUCGCCACCCUCUGAGCUCCUGAGUCCUGCAAGGAUCCUGGCUUUCCACAAAGAGCUUCGACAAAGCAUUUGCAGCAAUUCCCAGGUCAAUAAAUCACCGCUGGAGUUAUAAAUUUAAUAGAACCACUCAUGCUCUGGGGCCAUUUCAUAGACUCCAUAAAUAUUUGAAGCAGAACCUUCAGACACUGCUUUAAGAAAUUGGUAGCAAUCAAAGCCCUCAUUCAGUGGCAAGUGGUUUUGCCUUUGGCUUGGGCGGUGGGGGGAUCCGUGUUGGUUGUCAGAGCUUGGGAGAAAUGCUGGAAGGAGCUCGUACAUUCUGAGGGCUUCGGCUUUGGCUAAUGUCAAGGCAGCAGAGAGAGUAUUUACUGUACCAAAACCUAUUGAAUGACAGGUCCGAUGGUUCUCCACUGGGCAUGAUUCUUCCCAAGCAGGGAAAAAUUUGGCAAUGUCCAGAGACAUUUUUUGUCGUCCCAACAGGGAAGUGCUCCUGGCUUCUAGGAGGCAGAGGCCAGGGAUGCUGUUACACAUCCCACGAUGCACAAGACAGCAUCCUACAACAGAGAUUUCCAACUCAAUGUCAACAGUGCUGGGGUUGGGAAGCCCUGGACUGGUCCGAUAGCUCCUAACAUCGCCAGCAGCAGAGAACUCUUUUGUUAUGUUCCUGCCCUCAGGGCCCUUCCCCAUGUUUUAGAAGAUUUUUGUCUACUAACAGACAGGCUUAAUUUAAGUAAUUAUAUAUUUGACAUUUUAAAACAUUAAAACCAACCAGAACUUUCUAAUAAGCCCGAUCAUUCAACAGACACUUGUUGAUAUCCCACAAAUGCCAGGAAAUAUAAUGUGGAGGGUGAGGGGGUGACUCCCCGCCCCGGGAGCUCAGAGGGCAAUGGGACACACAGGGACAAACAAAGCUCUGUGCAGCCCAUGGUUAAGAGUGCCAUGAGACGUGAGACAGUGGGAAGGGCCCUUUCUGCCUGGCUUCGGAGAAUAAAGGUCAUUCAGGAGGGAAGCCCUGAGAGAGCCCCUAGGCCCACUGAGGUGUUCAACACAAGGGUGAGGUAGGGAAGGGUGUCACAGUCGAUGGGAACAGCAUGUGCAAGUCUCUGAGUCAUGAGACUGAACUUUGGGCGUGUCAUUGAAGAAGUGUGCAGAGCAACCCCUUGCCAAGCCAGCUGCAAGCCCCUGAGAACAGGACUCAUGCCCUGACCUGGGUGUAGGACUCAGGGGUAGAAGGAAAAUGCAUCCCUCCCAAGGGCAGGCUACCCAACGAGAGAAUCACGGGAGCUUGGACCACAUAUGCUCAGAUCCUGUCCGCAGUCUCAAUCAGAGACAUCAUCUCUGUCUUUAGAAAGGGGCUGGUGAGGGGUUUGAGGCAAAGGUCAGGGUUACCUUCCCAGUGCUGUUCCCUCCUGGAAGCUCUGGUCACUGAGGGUCAGGGAGGUACCAGAACAAGAAACCUAGGACUCUCAGGGUAGCAGCCAAAGCGUGAAGAUUUUAUUUUAAUGUAGUUUUACUUUUACAUUGAAAAGUGCAGAGAGUUCCCACAUACCCUUCACCUAGCUUCUCGUAAUGUUGACAUCUUAUACACCUGACCACACCACAGUGACAGAAACAAACGGAUCGCCAGUGAUCACUAACGCUGGUGUGUGACCUCCUCCUUUGGCGCCUUUCCCACCUUUAUUUUGGGGCAACGCCAUCAGCUUCGAGCAUCGGGAAUGUGAUGAAGAGAGUAUCUAACCAGUGAAGCGAGGGCCCAGCCAGCUGCUCCGCCCUGCUAAGCCAGCCGGAUGCCCGCCAGGCCGCCCCCUCCAGGGGUGAACCAUCUCCGGGUUCAGGUGCCCUGUGUCCUGUCCCUGGAGUGCUCCCCACCCCCUGCUUCGGCUCAGAUACGGGGCCUUGGCGGAGAGGUGGCUGGGGGAGCCCAUAACUGGAAGCCAAGGCGAUC